AUGUGGGAAAAGGUCAAGAAACACAUCAAGGGUUCCGAGAGGAAACGCAUCGAGGAACAAGUGCUACGAGCGGACUACUCAUCGGAAGAAGAUACGUCAAACUUGCCUGGAGGACUGGACGACAAGGCCAAAGACCGCAGGAGCGAGUUCAGCAACAAUGACACUACUGGAGGAGCGGGGAUUUUGAACCAGCGGCUUCCGAGACUCAGCGUACAUGCCAAUUUGAGCCUGAAGAGGGUGUACGAUUCGAAGAAAGCACGGGCUGACAUAGUAUUCGUUCAUGGUCUGACUAGAAACUCACACUCCACGUGGUACAGCAAGAAGGCCAAAGUACAUUGGCCGAGCGACCUGCUGAAGGAAGAUAUGCCUGAUUGCCGCACAUACAUGUUUGGCUACGAUGCAGACAUCGGGAAGGUCGAUUUGCAAGAUGGCUACUUUGCCGUUGUCGAUGAUGCCUACGUACGUGGGAUCAUGGACGGUGAAGCGCUGGAAUCUGCAGAUGAUCUUGACUAUCCAGAACUGCGCUAG